UGAAGCAGAGAUGAUUGAAGAUAUUGUCAAUGAUGUUUCAAACAAGCUGAACCUUUCCGCACCAUCCAAUGAUUUUGACAGCUUAGUUGGGAUGGAAUCCCAGAUGGUAAAUAUGGGACCAUUGUUACAGCUAGAUUCAGAUGAGGUGAGAAUAAUAGGGAUCUUGGGCCCACCUGGGAUUGGUAAGACCACCAUUGCUAGAUAUAUACUCAACCGCUACUCCCGAGAUUUCCAACUGAGUGUGUUUGUGGAGAAUAUCAAAAUAAAGUAUACCUGUUCAAAUGACUACAAUGUGAAGUUGGAUUUACAAAAACACUUCAUGUCUCAACUAACCAAUGAGUUGGGUAUCAAGAUUCCAAAUUUGGGAAUUUCCAAAGACAGGCUGAAAAACAAGAAAGUUCUUGUCAUCCGUGAUGGUGUGGAUCGGUCAGUACAAGUGGAAGCAAUGGCGAAAGAAGCUAGUUGGUUUGGUCUUGGGAGUCGGAUUAUCAUCACGACACAAGAUCAAAAGGUUUUAAACGCAGGUGGGAUCAACCAUAUCCACAAGGUGAAUUUACCAUCAUAUAAUGAAGCUCUACAAAUGUUUUGCAUGUACGCUUUUGGUCAGAAAGACCCCAAGGAUGGUUUUAAGGAGCUUGCUUGUGAAGUUAUUAGUCUUGUAGAUAGUCUUCCCUUGGGGUUAAGGGUUAUGGGAUCCUAUUUUCAGGGAAUGUCCGAGAAAGAUUGGACAGAGGCACUACCAAACUUAAGGGCUCACCUUGACCGAGAUGGAGAAAUUGACAGUAGCAUCGUCAUAGGAAUAAAUGAUGAGACUUAUGAGGACAUAAAAUGUACAAGUGAAAGAGCCUUUGAAAGAUUGUAUAAUCUUCAAUUCUUAAGAAUCAGCAGCCUUGGCGUUAAUCCGCGAAAGUUCCUAGUCAAGCUAGAGAUGAAGAAUAGCAAGCUUAAGAAAUUAUGGGAAGGAAUGCAACCGAUCAGAAAUCCCAAGUGGAUGGAUUUGAGUCAUUCAAAAAUUUUGAAAGAGCUUCCUAAUCUCUCAACUGCCACUAAUCUGUAUGACUUGGAUCUCAGAUACUGUUCAAGUUUGGUGAAACUUCCUUCCUCUCUUGGGAAUGCAAUUAAUCUCAAAAUAUUGAAUCUCCAUGGAUGCUCAAGUUUGGUGGAGCGUCUCUUAAACUUUGAAACUGCAGUCACUGAUCUUAAAGACAUUGAUCGCAGUCAUUGCUCAAGCCUGGUAAAACUCUCUUUCUCUACUAGGAAUGCUAUUAAUCUUCGGAGAUUGAAUCUCAGUUAUUGCUCAAGCUUGAUGGAGCUCCCUUAUUCUAUUGGGAAUGCAACUAGUCUUGAAGAACUGAAUCUCAGUCAUUGCUCAAGCCUGGUGAAGCUCCCUUCUUCUAUUGGGGAUGUAGUUAAUCUCAAGAAUUUGAAUCUCCAUCAUUGCUCAAGUUUGGUGGAGCUACCUUCCUCUAUUGGGAAUGCAACUAAACUACAAAAAUUGGAUCUUGGUCGUUGUUCAAGUCUGGUGAAACUGCCUUCCUCUAUUGGGAAUGCAACUAGUCUUGAAGAACUGAAUCUCAGUCAUUGCUCAAGUCUGGUGAAGCUCCCUUCUUCUCUUGGGAAUCUAGUUAAUCUCAAGAAAUUGGAUCUUAGAAACUGUUCAAGCUUGGUGGAGCUCCCUUCUUCUAUUGAGAAUGCAGUUAAUCUCAUGAAUUUGAAUCUCAGUUAUUGCUCAAGUUUGGUGGAGCUCCCUUCUUCUAUUGGGAAUGCAAUUAGUCUCAGAAAACUGAAUCUUAGCCAUUGUUCAAAUUUGGUGGAGCUCCUUUCCUCUAUUGGGAAUUUAACUAAUCUUCAAGAACCGAAUCUCAGUUAUUGCUCAAGUAUGGUGGAGCUACCUUCCUCUAUUGGAAACCUGGUCAACAUCGACUUGGAAUCUAUUGGAGAACUCGAUCUCUCAAAUUGCUCUUCGAUGGAAAGUUAUCAUGAGAGUUCCACAGACAUUCAAGAGUUUGAUCCAUGGACCAAGAGCAUAUAUGGUUUACGUCAACUUGUACUAAACGGAAUGAAGAAGCUGGUAUCACUCCCGCCGCUUCCCGAUUCGCUAUGGCUACUAGAUGCAGAAAAUUGUGACUCACUGGAGAGACUAGAUUGCUCCUUUCGAAAUCGAUGUUUCUGUCAUCUGCACUUCAUUAACUGCUUCAAACUAAAUCAAGAAGCGAGAGAUCUCAUCAGCCUGACACGGACCGAUGAUUAUGCAGUCUUUCCCGCUGAAGAAGUGCCUACGUGCUUCCCUUACCGAUCAUCUGGGAGUUCCUUAACUCUGAAGUUGAAUCAAAUGCCUCUUGGUAAAUCAACCAAAAUUUACGGCUUGCAUCAUAUGUGGUGAUGUGGAAAAAAAUGACUCUGUAGAUUGGGGAUCUGUCUGUUGUAGCAUCAUGUCCGGAGGGAAUGCUCUCACUGCUUGUUAUAAAAGAGUACAAGGAGUUUUUCCCGGGCAUCUGUACACAUUUGAGGUUGAGGUUGAAACAGAGGAGAUGACUUCCACCGAGCUUGUUUUUGAGUUCGAGAUCCAGUUCGACUAUAUACUUUCAGAAAGCUCCGAAGCAUGGGAGAUAAAAAAAAUGCGGGAUGCUUCCACUCUUGGAGGUCCCUUCAUGCUGAUGUACAUUAUUGAGAGCUUCAAAGAUCGCCUUAAAAGUUAAUACCUAAGUAAGACAAAGCAUUCGGAAAAUGACAAUGCAAGAUUCACACGUACAACUUCUUUUUUUU